CCCGACUUUGUUCAGGAUUAGGUUGAAAAUUCACAGUUUGAUAAGACUUUUCAAAUAGAGCAUUCUAGAAAAGCUAUUUGCAACCUACCCAACUUGGAAAUUAUAGUAUAAAGUAUACCACUUCCCUCAUUGCCAUAAGCUAUCUAUUCCUUUCUCUAUCUCCUCUUUGUUUCUCAUCAUUCAAAUUCAGCAGUCAUGGCAGCCAUCAAAGCCCAUGGAAGCCUUAUCUCAACAGCUACAAACCGAGUUCUAGUUACCCUUUAUGAGAAAGAGCUUGAAUUUGAGUUUGUUUCUGUAGAUAUGAGUACUGGUGAACAUAAAAAAGAUCAUUUCCUGUCCCUCAAUCCAUUUGGUCAAGUUCCAGCUUUAGAACAUGGAGAUCUGAAGCUCUUUGAAUCAAGGGCAAUUACCAAAUUCGUUGCCUGCGAGUAUGCUAACAAGGGAACCCAACUGAUACACCAAGACUCCAAGAAGAUGGCAAUCACAUUGGUUUGGAUGGAGGUGGAGGCCCAACAGUAUGACCCAGUAGCUUCAAAGCUAGUCUGGGAGCUGAGAAUAAAGCCAUUGGUUGGCAUGGUUACAGACAAAGCAAUUGUGGAGGAAAAUGAAGCUAAGCUGGCUAAGGUUCUUGAUGUCUAUGAGAAACGACUGGCUCAUUCAAAAUACUUGGGAGGUGACUGCUUCACCUUGGCAGAUUUACAUCACCUUCCAACUCUUCAAUACUUGUUGGGCACACAAUCUCAAAAGCUCUUUGAUUCACGCCCCCAUGUCAGUGCAUGGGUAGCUGAUAUCACAGCAAGGCCAGCUUGGUUGAAGGUCCAAGCCAUGCGAAAGAAGCACUAAGGAGUUAGCUGCAGCCUGCUACUCUAUUUUAAUUUUUAUUAAAUAAGCAUGCCCUUUGACCUAUGUGUGUUUUGAGUUCAGUGUUACAAUCUCCUACUUCAAUGUGGGAGACUGUUUUUAUGAGCCUUAACGAGUUGUUACUAGUGUUUUUCCUUCAGUCGUCAAGUAGGAGGCAUGAAGUUUAUGGUGUUUUGCCUUCAAUCUUCAAGUUGGAGGCAUGAAGUUUAUGUACUAUAUCUAUCAAAAAAAGUGUGUACUACUUUAUCAUAUUAAAUGUUUACUCUUGCACAAUUUAGAGAUCACCAA